AAAUCAACUUAAAAAUUUAACAAAUACAAAAAAACUUAAGAAAUUAGAUUUAGCUAGUAAGAGGCGCGCGCCGAUCCAUCGCAAUCCAAAUCGUUCAAAGGCAUUUUCGAACAGAAAGCCCAGCGAAAGCAACUUAGAAGCAAAGGGAACAGAGCAGUAUAGGAAAUUAGAGCAUCUAUAUAUAUAUAACCUUCUGUUACGUUAGGAUAUACUAUCAUUUAAGUUACAAAACUAUGUACAUUUGAAAAGUGAAAGGUUAUUUAACUAAAAAAAAAAAAGCAACUGUGAGCCGUGCGAAGAACAGUAAAACACUAAAAAUUUAUAACACAGAUCAGACUUAAGAGGCAUAACCGUAGCAGGCAGACGACAGUAAGGGAACAAGGGAAACCAAAGGGCACAGAGUCACAAUAUCGACAUAACACUGUACAUAGCCAGCACACAAACAAAUCAGAUAUCCAAUCAAUCUCUCAAUCUUAAGCCUAGAAAGUUAUCGUGAUGAACGCGCGUUCCCAGGUCUUUGAUCUGACCAUGGAGGGUCGUCAGGUGGACGAGGCGGUGGCCACCAUAUUUCACACCGUCCUCUUCCAUCGCUGCCUGGGUAAAUAUAUGUAUACCGGUGAUACCCAGUACUCGAUUGGUACGGUCGGCUACACGGACGUCGAUUGCAACUUUAUUGACUUCACCUACGUGUGCUGCACCUCGGACAGCCUGACGCACAAGGUGAAGCGAGCCAUCAACUCGUUCAGCGAGAAGCUGCGCUCUAAUGAAAGUUGCGGCUCCGGCCAGAUCAGCCUGGAGUUCUUCCAGAAAAAGAAGAACCGCUGGCCCUUCCCACAGGAAUCAAUUCCAUGGGAGGUUUGGACAGUGCAUCUGGAUCUCAUCAAGCACGAGAACGAGGACGAAAGGCAGCUGUGCCGCGAGAAUGUCUCUGAUCUCCUGACUGAGAAGGUCAUUUACAUUACCGAGCUGAUGAAUCGACACGAUUAUGUGCCCAAGACGCCCAGCCAAAGUGAACUGGAUCUGAUCUUUGACACAUCCUUUCCGGACGUGCAGCCGUAUCUGUUUAAAUUCGAUUACUCCACAUCGGGCUCGGCGGCUCCCUCCAUGGGUAAUGCCAUGAAGAAGAUCAUCAAGGAGACUCUCGCAAUGUGACGGGCUGACGAAGGCGAAGGAGCAUUGAUCCUUUCACCUUUGUGUAGAAAUGUCACACCAGUGGCUGCCUAAUUCACCAAUGUCCACACACAUUAGUUCUUCGCGAUUUUAUUUAUUUUUGUACUUUUCGUUUAUUUUUUUUUUCCACCAACGUUAUUGCAUAAUGUUUCUUUGCCCAUGACCAAAGGGUGAGUCAUUUACAAGGGUGAUAAGAUAAUAUACCAAGUAGUUAAAUAUAUAUAUAUAUAUGUUUAUGGCAUGUCCUUGCUGAACUAGAUCGUUUUAUGUUUAGGCUUUUCACUUCUAUUGUUCUGCCUUAAUGCUCUUAGUUGUUAUUAUUGCUUAAGUUAUAUUUACCACCGGUACACCACCCACGAUCGAUAAUAUUGGGUUAAUCCUGGACUCCUUGUCCAUUGUUGAGGAUUCAAAAGGCUUUCUUGCAACGGAGCAGGGAUGAAUGUUAUGUAGAUAGCAAUGGAGAGUUAGGAAAGUGUAUUAAACUGCUAACAUGUAGACCAAUAUUAACCUUUCUAUAGACAGACUUUCCUUGCUCUAAGCUAGAAGCUGAAGGUGUGACUUAUUACGCUGUGUAUUCCCUCGAUUAUCCAUGCAAAAACGUUCCACAAGUUAGCUUUGAGCUCCACUAAGCAAGCAAUUACCUGUCAGCCGAGCAAAUAUAUAUUCUGUUAAUUAUAAAGUUAUAAUCGCCUGUGUAAAUAACGAAAAUGAUGCAAGCUGCUGAUGAAGGAGUUGAACAAUAACAAUAGAGAGAUAAACCAUCAAACAUAAACCCAUCUGAAAAUCUAAUGUUGAGAGAUAUGUAGUAGAACCGGGCAAGUAGCGGUGAAACGGUGAAGCGGUAGAGAUGUAUGAAUAAAAGAUUGUGAUUGUACUUGUAGUGAUUAAACGAUAGUACCGAACUCUAUACUAUAUGUAUACAUAGAGAUCCGAUAUAUAGAUGUGUAUGUAUGUAAAUCAAUGUUUAAAUGUAAUAUGUCCAAGCUAUAAACAACAACAACAAAAAAAAAAAGUAAUCGAUAAAUGUACUUUAAAACUUAACUAAUAUAUUGUAAUAUCGAAUUAAGCAGAAUAAAUCCUUUGAAGCUAAACGUUCAAAGUAGAAAUGUAA